GGACCAGUCUGUGAGUUCACUCAUGUCACAGCUCUUACAUGAGGACCAUUUUUUCCACUCACAAAUCCACUCAUAUUUUAUAUUAACAUAAAAACAGAAAUUGCAGAAUUUGACAGCAUUGCAAAACUCUUAGAGUGAUGAAGACAAAAAAGAAAGAGGAGGAGGUGUCGGGAGUCAUAGUCAAUCGUUUUGCUGAAGAGGCUUCACCCACUGGGCGGGCUAAAAAUGGAUAUGUUUUCCAAGAGAUGGAGCUGCAGGACGGCGAGAAGGACUCCUCCAACAGUGACAAGGACCACGUGUAUGACAGUCCUGUCAGUGUUCCAGAUACUGAGGGAUGUGGAUUUGGGCUUUUAAAUACAACAAGAAAAUAUGUGAAGCCCAUGAACUUCCAGGAUGAAGUUCGAGCCCACAGAGACCUGGACAGCUUCCUGGCCCAAGCAAGCAUCCUCUUGGAUGAAAAAGCCAGCACUCUCGAUGAAGUCCUGAGGCGAAUGAUAGCGCACAUGACGGAGGAAGGUCACGGCAGCUGUGAUGUUGAGGAGGUCAUGGCUUCUCUUUUCACAGAUGCAGGAGGGAAAGAUAUUAAUGUUCACCUUCUUACAGAGACCAUUCAGGGGGUGACUUCAACUUCAACUGGCAUUCAUUAUCAACAAUCCUGGCUUUGCAUUCUCUCCAAUGUGAGGAACCUUCAGAGACGCCAUGUCUGUGUCACCCGUCUGGAGAGACCCCAAAACUGGGGAGUCAACUGCUGCGAGGCUCGCUACGUCAUCCUCAUCCUCGCUCCACCCAGGACGAAAAGCACCAAGACAGCCAUUGAACUGGGCAGAACAUUCGCAACAAUGUUCUCUGACAUUUCCUUCAGACAAAGGCUUUUGGACACUAAAACCCAAGAGGAGUUCAAGCAGGAGCUGGUUUCCCAGCGACAUAAGCUAUCCGCAGUCAGUGAGAAGGCAGUUGUAGAGGAAGUGGAUCACUCCGAUCCGCGCAAAGGAAAAGAGAUCAAGUGCAGAGACUUCUUUAUAGCUGGUAAAGGGGUUUACAAUGAUCUUCGUCGCAGACUGCCUCUCUACCCAUCGGACUUCACAGACGGUAUAACUGGGAAGGACCGUUGUCUUCUAAAAUACACCACCACUGCCAUCUUCCUCUACAUUGCAAUUCUACUUCCUGCCAUUGCCUUUGGUUCACUCAAUGAUGAAAGCACAAGAGGAGAAAUAGAUGUUCAGAAGACUAUUGUUGGUCAAAGCAUCGGAGGAGUGAUCUAUUCUCUGUUUGCUGGCUCACCACUUGUCAUUCCACUGACCACUGCACCACUGGCCAUCUUCAUAAGUGUUAUCAGGGGUAUCUGUGAUGACUACGACCUUGAUUUUGAUGCUUUCUAUGCCUGCAUCGGUUUAUGGAAUAGUUUGUUCCUCAUCCUUGGAGGCUUAUUCAACGUCAGCCUGCUGAUGAAACUCUUUAAACGCUCCACAGAAGAAGUAAUUGCAUUGUUCAUCUCUAUAGCAUUUGUUGGGGAUGCAGUGAAAGGCACCGUCAAAAUUUUUGAGCACUACUACCACGGGCCCACACUAACCACCACAAACAGUACCAUAGUUCUCCAGCAGAUCAAUGAGAUUCUUGAGAAGGCUAAUAACCAGACCACAAACAUGCUUGAGCAUGUAAGAGGGAACAUUUCAUUCCAUACUAAAGAUCACACGUUAGUCUUCCUGCCAGAGUCACUAGUGGAGUGCACAAGAGAGAGGCCCAUCCUCUGUCUGCUGCUCAUGUUGGGGACUUUGUGGCUUGGUUAUGCUCUCUAUCUUAUCAAGAGAAGCCCGUAUCUGAAUGACAAAAUCAGAGAAGUGGUUUCUGAUUGUGCUUUGCCUAUCUCUGUGGUGACAUUGUCCUUCAUUGGCUCCUACCUUUUCAUUGAUAUACAGCUUCCUGUAUUCAAUGUCCAUGAUGGUCCGAUCUUCAAAUACCCUCCAUUUGAAAAGCUGACAGGAAUGAAUGCACUGAGUGCAGUCGGGCUGGGAUUUCUCCUUGCACUGCUCAUCUUUAUUGACCAGAACAUUGUCAUCUCACUCACACAUGUACCAGAACACAAAUUGUUAAAAGGCACAGCUUUCCAUUGGGACUUAAUGCUGACCGGCUUCAUCAACAUCCUCAUGUCCUGUCUGGGGUUGCCAUGGAUGCACGCCGCCUUCCCACAUUCCUCCCUACACGCCCGUCAACUUGCCAAAGUAGAAACGCAUGUAGAGAACGGACACCUCUACACGACGAUCGUCAGUGUGAAGGAGACACGUUUGACCUCACUUGUUGCAAACAUUCUUAUUGGCCUGUCUGCGUUCAUGCUACCCAUUCCGCUGCAGUGGAUCCCAAAGCCUGUCCUCUAUGGACUCUUUCUUUAUGUUGCCGCCACGUCGCUUGAUGGAAAUCAGAUGGUGGACCGCAUGACCCUGCUGUUAAAAGAACAGACCUCUUAUCCGCCGACCCACUAUAUUCGCCGUGUCCCUCAGAGAAAAGUGCACUACUUCACUGCUGUGCAGAUCAUCCAACUCAUUAUCUUAUGUGCUUUUGGGAUGUAUCCACUGCCUUAUAUGAAGAUGGUGUUCCCCUUACUGAUGAUCCUUCUCGUCCCUGUUAGAACCAGCUUGCUGCCCAGGAUGAUUGAAGCCAAGUACUUGGACAUCAUGGAUUCUCAGUACAUAUAGACCAACAACUGAGCAACUUUAUUGAAGAAAGAGUGGAAAUGAUUCAAGAUUCGGUGACUGUUUGGACUGUUUGGUAAUCAAACACUUACUGGUGACUGGGUGGCGUCUCCCAGCCUAUCUUUGUGUAGUCGUAGUUCAUCACAGAGUCACAGUAACUGUAACUGUUUUUUUUAUGAAAUAUUCAUAUAUCCUUAUAGAUUAUAACAUGAGUAGUUAGGAAGUAUUUCACCCACAGAGAAGUCUGUUGUGUGCCUGUAAUGGGCAGGUUUUCAGUUUAAUGGCAUAUUACUUAAAAACAUCAACCAUUCAUUUAAUUCAAGUGUUAAAUUGUUUAGAGAGAAAGGAGUUUAAAAUGAGACUCUGGUGAAGACCUUUUUGGUGGAACAAUUUAUAUAGUAAAAAACUGUAUAAAUCUUAAAUGUGUCAUUUAGUUGUAAAUAACUGCUGCCUAUGUAUGAGAAGUGCCAUAUUGUACGGUCUGUCAUUAUAAAGGUCACUGGUUCAUUGUUUUGUGGGAUUAAAUCAAACUGUUCUGAAAAAAGGGACUAAUUAAGAUUGUCAUUUAUAAAAUCACUCUGUCAGUUUUUUACAGAAAAACAUGGAAACAUACAGUAGUUCUUUAUUUCCUUUGGACUAUUUGUGAAUCUCUGACACACCAAAACAGAUCAGUAACUCUUUUCCAGCAACAAAUACUGGAUGUUGUAGCUGGACUGGAUAUUAAAUCUGCCAAUAGAUGGCAGUAGAGGUUCAUAUCCAUGGCUGACAAAUGACUAACACUAUGUACUUACCACAGUGUUACAGAGAAAAAAAAUAUUCAAAUUAUCCCCUUCACAUCAGAUACUGUGACAAUGAAGUUAUGAUUGAACAGAUAUGAAGCAUGAGUAGUUUCCCAAAGGUCACCACAUUUUCGUGAUCAGUCAGGUAAUCUUGCUUCAUUUUCUGCUUUCCAAAUCCCCUUUUGUCAGGCAACAAACAUCUUUAUUAGAUGGAUUUUGCUGCUAAGGCUGUUCAGAAACAGUUAUUCCACUGUAAAGCAUGUGGUAUCAGAACCGAAAAAUAAAGAUACAGGAAAAAGUAAGGGCAAUAUAAUGUUCCUUCAUUCUGUUUUUUGCCCUAAAUAGUUGGACUGAUGUUCUUUGGCAAAUGCAUUGAUAAAAAUGUGACAAACAUAAACAUAGGAGUUACAGAUGAUUCAUUUCCACAAUGUCCUCUGAAGAGAAAAUAUGGUCCCCACUAAAGCUAUGCGACAUGAGUAGGGCAUUGAAGCUUGAGUGUUACGCUGUUGUCUGUUCGAUAUUAUUUAAUCGAAAUGCACACGUAAUUAUCACAAGAAGAACAACAGCAAUGACUUUUAUUUGAACAACUAAGAAAAAGAUCUCUUUCAGCUCAAACCAAAAAUGGAUUUAAAGUUUUCCAUUUUCAUGUAAAUUAAUCAAUUCAAAAUUCAGAAAAAAUACUUUACAUCAGACCAGAAAAGCAUUGUCUAUGUGAUGACAUUUUCAUCACCAUAAAUCACAAUUCAAAAACAGCAUCAGGAUUAUGCAGCUUCAAUAAUUUAAAUGCUUUUUCUAAUAAAAAAAACAAACUUAUUUUGGAUAUCUAUUACUUGUGCAACAUUCUUAAUCUAUAUGCCCAGAGCAGCUAACCAAUAUUAAACAAAGAUGCAACAUUUUCAGGUUGAAUUAUGUCAAAAUAAGAUCUCUCAGUUUUUACAUUUCAUCCAUUGUUUUUGUACACAUGUGGGUUUAUUUACUGUUCUUGACCGCUGCAGAAAUGAAUAGCUACAUUCAUUCUGUAUGUCUUUUACACAUCCUGCUAUUCAAAAUCAUUUCCAUGCAUCAAGGUUGUGUCCUUCAUUUAGCUCUUUAAUCUUGGCCAGACAGUAGAGUGAGCCAGCUAAGUGUUAAAUACAGCCAAUCUGAGCCAUACAUUCAAGGAGAUUUAAUCGUUAAAGUGAUUUGAAUCCUGUAAGUCUGUCACCACAGGGAUAUAUUAACCUCGUGGUCACCAGAGAUUCUGUCAAUUAGUUUGCCAUCAGAGCUACCUGAAUUUCCAUCAGACUGCCAGAUGUGCAGAACACGACUUCCUGAUCUGUAAUUUCUAAUGAAUAAAUUGUUUUCUUGUCUG